AUGCCAUCUCGAACCCCUCCCGCCGGCCUCUUGCGCAGCAUCAUCAAUCCUUCCGUAGUCUCAGCACAAACACGACGACGAUUACCCUUAAGUGCACGCCGAAAUGCUUCAGACAAACCAUCUCAAUCAUGGGCUGAGCUGAACUCACCUGUGGACCCUCGUCCAUCGUGGGGAUCCACAGUCAUGAAAGUAGCCAACGUCGCAAUAAUCCCAAUGAUCAUACUAUAUGCCACCUUCGUGGCUGACUUUGGCGAGCGAGAACAUGUUUUCAUGCCGGCAAGAAGGUGGUUGGACGGGCAGAAAGCCGCGUUCUUCUCAUUGACACCUGCUGAGCGCGAAGCAGCGACGGUGCUGAACGACACGCAGCAAGGUGAUAGCCCGCACACAUCGGAGCGCCAGUGA